AUGGUGUCUUUCAAAGUCGACGAAACCCCGGUGGACAAUCCGCCGUUCAAAGGCCAAAGACCGGCCCCACAAUCGGGACCUUCUACGGCCUGGUCGGACCUACCAGGCAAGGCCAAUGUCCUCACCCGCCAAUUCGCCGCCCUUCCCCUCAUCGCACUUCUCUACACCGCCGCCGUACCAUUCACGCCGGUGGUAUGGGUUCUCAACAUUGACGGGAGUUCCCUUUUCGACCGCCUCUUUGCCGGUAUCAUCAUGUUAUCGGCCUGCUACUUCCAGUGGCGUAUCGCAGGGCUGAGAUCGCCUCUUGCCGUCUUUCUUCCGGGCCCUAGCAACACAACUAUUCGGAACGGACGAAUUGAAACUGGGUCGAGCAUGGGAUUUGUGUGGCAUCCCAGCAACUACUGGCCCUAUGUCAUCUGUGAGGCAAUGCUCUUGGGCGUUGCCGAGUUUGGCGGAAACGAGUUGGUGAGACGAGGCAUCGUUUGCAGCAUCAUUGCCGUGUUGUGGCUGGUUGGGUAUCACGCAACUCCCGAGUCUACGAGACGAUGGGCUUAUGAGAAUGUUAAGGGUUGGCUCUUCUGGAUGGUUUUGGAUGAGAUGAUGCGUGUUGGGGGAAGGAGUUACAGUGGACGCCGUCGGAGAUGA